AUGGAAAAUUUUUCCGAUAGACUCGUCGACUGGUCAGUUCCGCAUCAAACAAAAUUAAAGUACACGCAAAUUUUUAACACGACCGAUAGAUCGCGCAGUGGCUACUUGUCGGGCGUACAAGCUAGAAACGUGAUGGUGCACACGAAGUUGUCCCAAAACAUACUUGCUCAAAUAUGGGCCUUGUCCGAUAUGGACUCGGACGGACGUUUGGGCUGCGAGGAAUUCGUCCUGGCGAUGCACCUCUGCGAGCAGGCGCUGCAAGGCGUACAGCCUCCCGUUACACUACCCCCCGACCUGAUCCCGCCCUCGUUCAGACGGGGCGCGAGGACAAACUCCGUUUCGAGCCAGGGCAGCGGUCACGUGGAGCAGGAUCCCGCGUCGACGCUACCGACGAGUAUGGCGAAGGUGACACGAACGUAG